GUAGUUCCCUCCCCAGGGCCAGGCCGAGUUAAAGGGUUAACAGGCCGUCCUAGCCGUGGCACGGGCCGGGGUCAGCUCUAUGAUGGCGGCGCCCAUGACAGCCCUGCUUCGGGGUCGCCUGGCAGGAGCCUGCAGCGGGGUGAGGCGGUGGAGGCACACCGAGCAGGCCAGGAAGGAGACUCACUUCGGCUUCCAGACCGUGUCCGAGGAGGAGAAGGGGGAGAGAGUUUAUCAGGUGUUUGAAAAUGUAGCUAGAAAAUAUGAUCUAAUGAAUGAUUCUAUGAGUCUGGGGGUACAUCGACUAUGGAAAGAUUGGCUGAUACAGUACAUGAACCCUACACCUGGCACUAAACUACUAGAUGUGGCAGGAGGAACAGGCGAUAUCGCAUUCCGCUUUGUAAAUUACAUCCGUGCUCAAAAGGAAAAAAUGAUCAGGCAUAAGUUGAAGUACCAGCAGAAUUUGUCAUGGUCAGAAAUCUCAAGAGCCUACCAACAGGAGGAACAAGGAUCCUUGGGUGGAUCCCGAGCUGUCAUCUGUGAUAUAAACAAGGAGAUGCUAAAGGUUGGGAAGCAGAAAUCACUGAAACUGGGAUAUUCGGAAGGACUGUCGUGGGUUGCAGGCAACGCUGAGGAAUUGCCUUUUGAUGACGAUAAGUUUGAUGUCUAUACCAUUGCAUUUGGAAUCCGCAAUGUGACACACAUAGACCAAGCAUUACAAGAAGCAUAUCGUGUGCUUAAACCUGGAGGAAGGUUUCUGUGCCUCGAAUUUAGUCAAGUGAACAAUCCUCUGCUGGCCAGGGCUUAUGACCUGUACAGUUUCCAAGUGAUUCCAGUGCUUGGGGAAAUCAUUGCUGGUGAUUGGAAGUCCUAUCAAUACCUAGUCGAAAGCAUUAGACGCUUCCCUCCUCAGGAGGAAUUUAAGGCCAUGAUUGAAGAUGCUGGGUUUUUCAAGGUGACGUACCAUAACUUGACGUCUGGAAUUGUUGCAGUUCACUCCGGGUUUAAGUUAUGAGUAGCAUACUUUCUACACUGAAGAGAAUGGCACGCUUGUAAACUGAAAACCUAUAGUUUCCGUUUUGGAACAUAAUUUAUUUUUACUAAAAUGAAAAUUAAUUUUAUAGAUUUUUUUUUUUUUCUCUUUAUAUUGUGAACCAGUAUUUUGAAAUUUAUUCCGAUUAAGCAAUUGAGUCACACCUACAAUCGUUUGCAUAUACACAUAAUUGUAGUAGGUGAAAACAAUUUUUUUCGGACAGGAUUAACCCCCUAGGCACCAAACACUUGGUUUUGGCUAAGCCGUGGUCCUUGUUCCUUCAGGGGUUAAAUCGAAUUUGUGCCCCCUGGAUAUUACUUUAGCUGCUGUCUAGAUUAUUCAGCAGAGUGCAAACUGUAGGAAAUUGAAUGUGAAUUUACAUGUUUUACCCAAAAUAGCUGAAAAGAAAAUGUUUCCCUGGCUAUUUAUAGUUAAGCUAUUUUUUAGUUUAGGUGUUUCCUAAAAUCUUAAAUUCACACGUAAUUUCCCACAGGACAGUUUAAUGUUUAUGUCUGGGUUUUUCUUUUCACAAUUGAUUUAAUGUGGGACUUUCAUAAACAAAUACACCUUCUGUAUAUGGUUCAGUUGUAUCAGAUGGAAUUAAAAAUAGCAAAAUGUAUUAAAAAUAGCAACACUGUGA